CUGUUCAUACGUCAUCUUUAAUAUGGUGCCUUCCAUGUGAGCCACGCUGCUGCUGCUGAUCCGGAAUCAGAAUAUAAUAAUAAUAAACUGCAGAACCAGAAUCAUCUCUAGAACCAGAACCAUGUCGGGACGAAACAACAACAAACUACCCACCAACCUUCCCCAACUCCAGAACCUCAUCAAGAGAGACCCCAAAUCCUACACCGAGGAGUUCCUGCAGCAGUACCGUCACUACCAGUCCAACGUCCAGAUCUUCAAACACCAACCUGACAAACCCAACAAAGACCUGGCCGAGCUGGUGAUGUUCCUGGCUCAGGUUGGACACUGCUAUUUGGAGGAACUGUCCAGUUUCCCGAAGGAACUCACAGAACUUCUGCUGAAUCACCACACAGUUCUGGAGUCAGACCUGAGAAUGACGUUUUGUAAAGCUCUGAUUAUGCUGAGGAAUAAAGAUCUGAUUGAUCCGGCGAGUCUGCUGGAGCUGUUCUUCGAGCUGCUGCGCUGUCACGACAAACUCCUGCGCCAGACUCUCUACACUCACAUCGUGACGGACAUAAAGAACAUCAACGCCAAGCACAAGAACAACAAGCUGAACACAACGCUGCAGAACUUCAUGUACACGAUGCUGAGAGAUUCAAACCCCAUUGCUGCUAAGAUCUCUUUAGAUGUGAUGGUGGAGCUGUACCAAAGAAACAUCUGGAAUGAUGCCAAAACAGUGAACGUCAUCACAACAGCCUGUUUCUCUAAAGUCACAAAGAUUUUAGUUGCUGCGCUGAAGUUUUUCCUGGGUAAAGAUGAAGACGAGAAAAAGGACAGUGAUUCAGAUUCAGAGGAUGAAGGUCCGUCUGCCAGAGAUUUAAUGGUCAGAUAUUCUACAGGCAAGAAAACAUCUAAAAAUAAGAAAAAGCUGGAAAAAGCCAUGAAAGUCUUAAAGAAACAUAAGAAGAAGAAGAAGGCGGAGGUCUUUAAUUUUUCUGCCAUUCAUCUCAUCCAUGAUCCACAGGAUUUUGCAGAGAAGCUGCUGAAACAGCUGGAGAGUUCUAAGGAGAGGUUUGAGGUGAAGAUCAUGCUGAUGGAGCUCAUCUCCAGACUCGUGGGAAUCCAUGAGCUCUUCCUCUUCAACUUCUACCCGUUUGUCCAGCGGUUUCUGCAGCCACAUCAGAGAGAGGUUACGAAGAUCCUGCUGUGUUCUGCGCAGGCCUCCCAUCAGCUGGUUCCUCCUGAGAUCAUCUCUCCGAUGAUUAUGACCAUCGCCAACAAUUUUGUUACAGACAGGAACUCAGGAGAGGUCAUGACUGUGGGUAUUAAUGCUAUAAAGGAGGUCGUGGCUCGCUGUCCUCUCUCGAUGACUGAAGAUCUGCUGCAGGAUCUCACUCAGUACAAAUCCCAUAAAGAUAAGAAUGUGGUGAUGUCCGCUCGGGGGUUAAUUCAGCUCUUCAGAGACCUCGACCCGCACAUGCUCCACAGGAAAGACAGGGGAAAGCCCACAGAAGCUUCUACUGAGGCUAAAAUCCAGCAGUACGGGGAGCUGGAGGCUAAAGACUACAUUCCUGGAGCCGAGGUCCUGGAGGUGGAGGAGCAGCCCAAAGGAGAGGAGGAUGAAGAUGGCUGGGAGAGCGCCAGUAUGAGUGAGGAUGAUGAUGAUGGAGAAUGGGUGAAUGUACACCACUCCUCUGAUGAAGAUCAAGAAGAAGUGGCGGAGAAACUGAACAGUAUCCCUGCGGAGGAGAGGAAGUCUAAAGCUGCAGCGGUGAGCGCCAGUCGACUUCUUACUCAGGACGACUUUAAGAAGAUCCAUCUCGCUCAGAUGGCUAAAGACAUGAAAUCAGCUCCUGGGAAGGGCCAGAAGAGGAAGCAGGCAGACCGAGAGGAGGAGACGGAGAGAGGAGAGCUGCUCUCACUGAGAGAUAUCGAGAGAUUACACAAGAAGCCCAAAUCUGACAAAGAGACCAGACUGGCCACGGCUAUGGCUGGCCGGACAGACAGGAAGGAGUUUGUUAAGAAGAGGAGCAAGCUGAACCCGUUCGCCAGCACCAGCAACAAGGAAAAGAGGAAGACCAAGAACUUCAUGAUGAUGAGACAGAGCCAAAACAUCCGGACCAAGGGCAAACGUUCCUUCAGAGAGAAACAGAUUGCCCUCAGAGAUGCGCUGCUGAAAAAGAGGAAACGCAACUAAAAUCUCAGAUGUUCUGGAUUCUAAAACUGUUUCUUCUAAGCUGAUUGGUUCAGUGAAAGGACUGUGUGGACCAAUCAUUUCACCCCAGCAUCAGUAUCUCUGUGGUCGUUGUCUCAUGUAAACCCUGUAUUAAAAUACUUUUACAGUUUAA